AUGAAGCCCGUGGACCUAAAACUUGAACAUACCGACUUCUGGGGCAGCCUCCAUGGCCAGGUCCCGCCGAGCUUGUUGGACUGGGACUUUGGGAACGAGUGCUUCCUGGCCUGCAUCACCACGCACCUGCCUUUGGUUGAGCAGAACUUUUCCAGAUCCAGGCUCCGGGUAGUUCAUCCCCCAACUCUACCUUUGGCCAUAAAACCCAAUCCACAUGGAGACGGACCCAAUUAUGAGCCCAACCUGUGGAUGUGGGUAAACCCCAACAUCGUGUACCCCCCUGGAGAGCUGGAGGUCCCAGAGCCUAGGAAGGAGGAGGACCUAACACUCCCCUGCCCUCUGCUACCCUCAGAGGAGGAAGAUUCCAGCUGCUCAGAGGCCACAGUGGUAGAGUCACUGCCACUAUCCUCCAGUGAGCAAUCUCCCCCGCCAAAGCACCUUGCCUCUUCCCCCAGCAACCCGGAGCUCACAGAAGAGGAGGAGGCUGAAGACCAAGAUGACAGCUCCUCUGUGGCUCUCCUGUCCCCUCACAAAAGGGCCCCCCUUCAGAAUUGGAGGCUUCAGCAAACCGACACCCAGGAGGGGCAGCUCUGGCCCCGGCCCCCACUCAAUUACUUCCACCUAAUUGCCCUGGCAUUAAGAAACAGUCCCCCCUGUGGCCUCAACGUGCAACAGAUCUACAAUUUUGCUCGACAGCAUUUCCCCUUUUUCCAGACGGCUCCAGAAGGCUGGAAGAACACUGUCCGCCAUAACCUCUGUUUUCGGGACAGCUUUGAGAAGGUACCAAUCAGCAUGCAGGGUGAGGCCAGUACACGGCCUCGGUCUUGCCUCUGGAAGCUGACUGAGGAGGGCCACCGCCGCUUUGAGGAGGAGGCCCACCUACACACGCAGCACUACUUCUCUGACCCUAACUACCCGAGCUAG